UUAGUUCGUGAAAUAUUCUCUGAGAUGUUUAAGAAACAGCAAAAAGACAUUCUCAAUUUUAUUAGUGGUAAUUUAAAAAUUACAAAUGAAAGAAUUGAUGGAUUGCUCAAAGAAAUAGCAAAAAUAAAAGAAACGUGCAAAACUUUACAAAUUGAAAAUAAUUUAAGAAAAUCUGAAAUGGUAAAAACAAGUGACAGAGUCUCAAUAAUUGAACACAGUCAAAAAGAUAUUGAACACAAUAUCACUUUCACACAAGAUAUCCAAGAGGAGAAAAUCAAUAAAACUGAAAAAAAAAUUGUUACAAAAGUAGCAUUUAGUGCAGAAGAAAAAAAUAAGCUGCGACAACUUGAAGAUCGAGUGAGAAGAAAUAAUUUGCGCCUUGAAGGAAUAACGGAGAGCGAAUCUGAAAGUUGGAAUGAAUCUGAAGAAAAGGUUUUAAGUAUCUUUGAAAACAAACUAAAUGUAAGUGGCGUGGUUAUUGAAAGGGCACAUAGAACCGGAAAAACUGGGCAAAGUAAACCUAGAUCAAUCGUGAUAAAAUUUCUGAACUACAAAGAUAAAGUUAACAUAUUAAAAAACUCGAAAAAAUUAAAAGGAAUAGGAAUAUUUAUAAACGAAGAUUAUUCUUUGGAUACCCUAAACAUACGGAAAACUCUUUUUGAAGAAAUGCAAACUCACAGGAUAAAUGGUAAGAAUUUUGUCGUUAUUUAUGAUAAAUUAGUUGUUAAAGAUUUUAAAAAAAUCUCUUAAAAAAACCUAAAGCUUAUAUACUUUUUAUAUUUUGUAUUUUAAAUAUUAAUCUUAGUUAAUAUUGCUAAAAUUGCGGAAGCUAUCAAUGAUAUUAUUUUUGACAUACCAGGAAGGAAAAAUGCACUUAACCGAAUUAAUGACGAUGAUAAAAACAAUAACUUUUUUGACCUAAUUUUAGUAGAAACGGCUUAUUACAAAGUUGACGAUGUUUAAGAUGUUUUUAAUUCUUCAUCAUCUAAUUUUUCAUUAUUUCAUUUAAACAUCAGAAGCAUUAAUAAAAAAUUUGAAAUUUUAAAAUUAAUGUUAAAUAAUAUAAAAAAC